ACACUAUGUAUCGACGCCCACGUGGAAUGCAGUACGUGCACACUGACCGCUACAGACUCCCGCCAGCACACUCACUUCUUCCCUCCACGUCCUCGCCAUGUCCGACUCAGAUUCCGCUGCCCCUAAUGGUGCUGGCCGGCCCACGAGCCCCAACGGUGCAGUAGCGAAGCCCCCUGGCGCACAAAUGAGGCGGAGGGCAGCAGGAACCACACAGGCAGCACGGCCCAACUCCUCGCGCGCGGCGGGCGCGGGCGGGUCUUCAAACACCAUGCUCAAGUUGUACACGGACGACUCACCGGGGCUGCGAGUCGACCCCUUCAUCGUCCUCGUGCUCUCCCUGUCGUUCAUCGCCUCCAUCUUCUUCCUGCACAUCUCUGCGAAGAUCAUCCGUGCGUUCACAAAAUAAUCCACACUCCAGCCCCCCUCGUGUGGUUAUGCCCGGAUUGUGCGGGUCGUCAGGCGACGACAGCGAGGGGCAUCUGAAGGGCGGGCCCGUUGGGUAUGGCUGGGCGUGGCAGGUUCUACUGUGGACAUUGGGUGUACCAAAACCUACUAUACUACUGGCCAGUCUGGUGUGCUGAGCUAUGCAUUGCUACUUAUUCCAGAUUUGUCGCUCCUUCUGUUCGUUAGUCCUCAAUCCAGAGCCAACGCCAGCCGUUCAAUGCACGCCGUCCCAUCCUUCGAUCAAUGAUGAUGGCUCGCUAUGAUAUA